UGCAGCAGAUGAUUCCCCACUCACUGAAGCCAGUGAUGAGAUUCCAGACCAGCUCCCCUGGGGACCCAGAAGGUGUUGCUGAACUGAGGACUAAGAACGUGGCCAUUGAUGUCAGGAAGGCUGAGUGUCCAGUGCUCUCUUCUAAAAACAGGGCAGCUAGCAGAAAAGAAAUAGUCUUUGUCCCAGGUAGAUUUAUCUUCUGACCAGAAAAAUGGAAAUGGAACAGAGAACUCUUCUGGGAACUGUAGUCCGUUCUUCUCUUCUGAGACAGGUGCACCUCCAGUCCCAAGUCAUGUCCUGCUACACCCAGUGUGUGCCAUGCCGGCCCUGCGGCCCGACCCCUCUGGCCAGCAGCUGCAAUGAGCCCUGUGUCAGGCAGUGCCAGCCCUCCACCAUCGUCAUCCAGCCCUCUCCCGUGGUGGUGACCCUGCCCGGACCCAUCCUCAGCUCCUUCCUGCAGAACACCGUUGUGGGCUCCUCCACCUCCGCUGCUGUUGGCCGCAUCCUCAGCUCUGAGGGCGUGCCCAUCACCUCGGGGGGCUUUGACUUGUCCGGCUUGGGCAGCCGCUCCUGUGGCAGAAGGUGCCCGCCCUGCUGAAGCCGCUGGUCCUGGAUAAAUUGUUCCAGAAAACAGGAACGUGGUUCUGUAUCAACAAGACAUCUUCAAGCCCCUGCAUUCAGAAUACCUGACCAUCCUCAGCUACUCUAUGAAAUGCUGGCAGGAAGGGGCAAUCCUGGGCUUUCUGACAGCCUGCCUCAUGUCUCAGCUGUCAUUCCUCAUUCCUACUUAUCUCUGUCUCCACAUCUUCUCUGAUUUUUUUUUUUUUUUUUCCUGUUAACCUCUAGGAUGUGAGAUUCCUCAGAACCAGUCCAUACUCUGAUAGAAAAUAAGCCAUGUGCCCUGCAUGAAAUCAAACAUGGGAUCAUGGGAAUCCUGUACUGUGGAGCCUCUGCUCUGAGUGAUCUCAUUUUCCUAUUUAAACAUUCAUUAAAACUUUCUGCAUCUUAAUUUAAGUCUUUGAUAUUUCUUCUGACGUGCACAGCCUCCAGAGGUACAAAGAGAAAGACUUUGCUCCUUGAGUGUAUAGGAUGAAUGUUUAUGGAGGUCCUUCUCCAUUCCCAGGAGAAUGAGAGGUAAUAACACACUGUAGAGAC